AUGGGUAAGGGUACUCCUUCUUUCGGUAAGCGUCACAACAAAUCCCACACUUUGUGUAACAGAUGUGGCCGUCGUUCAUUCCACGUUCAAAAGAAGACCUGUGCUUCUUGUGGUUACCCAGCUGCUAAGACCAGAUCUUACAACUGGGGUGCUAAGGCUAAGAGAAGACACACUACCGGUACCGGUAGAAUGCAAUAUUUGAAACAUGUCUCCAGAAGAUUCAAGAAUGGUUUCCAAUCUGGUGUUCCAAAGGCUGCUUCUGCUUAA